AUGUGAGGUUGGUUGAUGGUCACAGUCGCUGUGCUGGUAGAGUGGAGGUUCUUCAUAGAGGUCAGUGGGGAACAGUGUGUGGAAAUUUCUGGGAUAUGACUGAUGCUGCAGUGGUGUGUAGAGAGCUGGACUGUGGAGAACCUGUAGAUGCUCUAACUGAUAAUCACUUUGGACAAGGAUCGGGACCAGUAUGGAUGAGUGCAUUAUGUAUUGGAUCAGAGUCCACACUGAAGAACUGUGGGUCAUCAGGAUGGAGCAUAAAUGUCUGUACUCACAAUUCAAAUGCAGGAGUCAUCUGUUCAGGUCAUAAGCCUUCCAGACUUGCUGCUGGACCUCAUCUGUGCUCUGGGAGGCUAGAGAUACUUCAUGAUCAGACGUGGAUGUCAGUGUGUGACGCUGUCUUUGACCAGCAGGAUGCAGAGGUUGUGUGUAGAGAGCUGGACUGUGGGGCUCCUGUACAGGUGCUGGGAGCAGCUGCUUUUGACAAAGGAGAUGCUCAGAUGUGGACACAAGAGAUUCAGUGCAGAGGAAAUGAAUCUCAGAUUUCAUUCUGUUCAGUAUCAUCAUCCCACAAACACAACUGCAGCAGUGACAUUAAUGUGGGCCUCAAAUGUUCUGGUUACACUGAUCUCAGACUGGUAAACGGCUCAGACUCAUGUUCUGGAAGAGUGGAGCUUCAGUUCCUCAAAGAGUGGGGCACAGUGUGUGAUGCAUGCUGGGAUAUGAGAGCUGCCAGUGUCCUCUGUAGACAGCUGAAUUGUGGGAUUGCUGUGUCUGUUGUGGGAUCAGACUGGUUUGGAGAGGGAAGUGGUGAAAUCUGGCUGUCCAUCACCUGCCUUGGUGAGAAGAACAACAUCUGGACAGAUUCUUCAUUUGUUAGUGGUCAGUAA